UGGGUGCUGUCGCACGGUGUGUUAAACACAAGUUUAUCUCGAUAUUACCAGUUCCAAUGAGCGUGUAUCGAAAUUUGCUCCCUUUUCAAUCUUGGUGCAUGACAUUACGUCAGUUUUGUCGCAGAUCGGGAUAGCGCGGUCGUUUAAAAGCUGACUGACAGCCAAACGCAGGCCGUUUUAAGUCAGAGACACAAGUAUUAAACAGAAACCAAAGAACAUGCGGCCAAUCUCAUCUCACUGACCAUGGAGAGAAGUCUAAUGAAAGUUCCAAGUGAAGAUGACGAUGAAGAUGCUUUAUCAGUGGAUACGGCCAGACCGCCAGUCACAGCUGCGACGGACAGUGACACAGCUACACCUGUUGUAGAUGAUGCUACGGGUUUUGAAGAUGACACUUUACCGGUUACUGCUGAUGUUUAUAAGAAUGAGGGUAAUGAGGCCUUCAAGAAAGGAGAUUUCCUCAAUGCUAUUCACUUUUAUACAGAAGGAAUUCAAGUGAACUGCAAGGACAAAGAACUGAAGGCCAAACUGUAUAAUAACAGGGCGAUUGCACAUUCUAAACUGGGAAAUCACCAGGAUUCACUGAGUGAUGCAAAAGCUGCUAAUGAGUUAGAACCAACUUUCCUCAAAGCGAUUGUGAGAGGCGCCAGUGCCUGUGUUGAACUGAAGAGAUUUGAAGAAACAAUCUCUUGGUGCGAGAAGGGAUUAGCUAUCGAAAAAAAUAAUGGGAUCUUGAAGUCAUUGAGACUUCAGUCUGUCAGAGAAAAGUCCCUGGAAGACAAGGAUCACAUCAGUUGUAACCUUGCUAGUGCAAGCUCAGGUGGCGUAAAGAAAGUAAUAGACUACUAUAUUCAACUUGCUAAAAUUGCCAAAGAAAAGGGUGACAAGUCAGCUGAAGGGUGUGCUUAUGGUGAACUCGGAAAUGUUUUCCUGAGUGUAGGCGAAAUCAGAAGAGCUGUAAACUGCCACAGCCUUUGUCUUUAUAUUGCUAAGGAUCUCGGUGACAAAACCCUAAAGGGAAAAGCCUACAAAGCUCUUGGCAAUGCUCAUCACAGACUGGGUCAUUUAAAAAAAGCCAUAGAGUACCAAGAACUACACCUUGAAAUAACUGAAGAAGUAGGAGACAAGUAUGGGGAGGGUAUGGCUUAUACUAAUCUUGGCAAUGCUUAUCACUGUCAAGGCAAUUUUAAAAAAGCCAUAGAGUACCAUAACCUAAAGCUAAAAAUGGCCAAACAAUUAAGAAACAGACAUGGAGAGGGUUUUGCUUAUGGCAACCUUGGGAAAGCUUAUCAAUCCCAAGGUGACUUUAAAAAAGCCUUAGAGUACCAUAACCUAUAUCUUAAAAUAGCUAAAGAGGUAGAAGACAGGCAUGGGGAGGGUUGUGCUUAUGGCAAUCUUGGUAUUGCUUAUCAUUCCCUGGGUGAUUUUAGAAAGGCAACUGAGUACAACAACCUACAUCUUAUAAUAGCUAAAGAAAUAGGAGACAAGGUUGGGGAAGGUGCUUCUUAUGGCAAUCUUGGCAUUGCUUAUCAAUCCCUAGGUGAUUCUAAAAAAGCAGUAGAGUACCUUAACCUACAUCAUAUAAUAGCUAAAGAGGUAGGAGACAGGCAUGGGGAGGGUAACGCUUCUGGCAACCUUGGAAUUGCUUAUCUAUCCCUUGGUGAUUUUAGAAAAGCCAUUGAGUACCACAAUCUUUGUCUUAAAAUAGUUAAAGAGGUAGGAGACAGGCAUGGGGAGGGUAGGGCUUAUUGUAAUCUUGGCAAUGCUUAUUGGAGUUUGGGUGAUUUUAAAAAAGCCAUAGAGUACCACAGCCUACAUCUUGAAAUAACUAAAGUGGUAGGAGACAGGCAUGGGGAGGGUAGUGCUAGUUGCAAUCUUGGCAAUGCUUAUGAAUCCCUAGGUGAUUUAAGAAAAGCCACAGCGUACUUCAACGUGAGUCUUGAAAUAGCUCAAGAAGUAGGAGACAAGGUUGGGGAGGGUACUUCCUAUGGCAAAUUUGGCCAUGUUUAUGAAUCCCUAGGUGAUUUAAAAAAAGCCAUAGAGUACUACAACCUUUUUCUUAAAAUAGCUAAAGAGGUAGGAGACAAGCAUAGGGAAGGUAAAGCUUACGGAAGUCUUGGCAAUGUUUAUCAAUCCCUAGCAGACUUUAGAAAAGCCAUCGAGUACCACAACCUACAUCUUGAAAUAACUAAAGAGGUAGGAAACAGGCAUGGAGAGGGACAAGCUAAUGGCAGUCUUGGCAAUGCUUAUCAAUCCUUAGGUGAUUCAAAAAAAGCCAUAGAGUACCUAAAUCUUCAUCUUGAAAGAGCUAAAGAGGUAGGAGACAAAGUUGGGGAGGGUAAAGCUUAUGGCAAUCUUGGCAAUGCUUAUUUUAGUCUUGGUGACUUAACAAAGGCCAAAGAGUCAUACUACCUACAACUCAAAAUUGCACAAAAGGUCGAAGACAGAUCCUUGGAGGCAAAGGCCCUCUAUUUAUUGGCACGCGUUUUCAAUUCGCUGGGUCGACUGCCAGAAGCCGUUGAACAUUUCCAGGCUAGCAUAACCUUAUUCAAUGCUCUGAGGAUACUCUUAAAAUCUAAAGACGAGUGGAAUGUUAACUUUCGAAAUCAAUAUCAAAAAGCGUAUACGGCUUUGUGGAGAGUUCUCGUGAAACAAGGUAAGAUGGACGAAGCGUUCUUUGUUGCUGAGAAAGGACGAGCUCAAGCUUUGAAUGACCUCAUGGAAUCCAAUUUUUGUGGUGGAACAUUUCAGUCUAAGGGAAACGAUAAAGAUUCGGCAAGUUUAUGGAAAAUUCCAUCAAACGCUGUCUUUCAAGCAGUGUACAAAGAUGACGUCUAUCUUUGGGUUGUGUUCGAAGGAAAACAAGUUCAGUUAAGACGAAGUACACUCAAAGGUUCUGUUUUAGAAAAUGGUGGAGUUAGCCAGUCCAUUGAGUCGCUUGUCCUCGGUGUUUAUACACAACUUGGUGUUCGUUCUAAAGUGAGUUGCGAGAAUCGAUCUUUGGAUGAUUUGAGGGAGAGCCGUGAAAAAGGGGUUCAGAAAACCGAGGAGUACACUCCUCAACCCUCUGUUCAACCUCCUGUUAAACAAAACAAAUGCUUGAGCACUUUGUAUGACGUCAUAAUAAAGCCCGUGGCUGACCUGGUUGAAGGGGCUGAACUACUCAUUGUUCCCGAUGGACUGCUGUGGCGCGUUCCGUACGCUGCAUUGAAGGAUGGUAAU